UCGAUUUGUACGGAUCGUUUUAUCCACGCUGAGGACUACAACUGUGUUGUUUUCGUUGAUAUGCAAGCAGGCUAAACCCGGGUGGAACUAUAGCUUAUUAUCGUGGCAUAACGUGACAUGCCAAAGUAUGUUAUUCGAUAAAAUAGUGAUCGCUGACACUGUCGGUGUCACUGGUGCUCUCUAUGAUUUUUCAAUUAAUAUCCCAUUAUAAAUUAUAUAUCCAGCUGCAUAGAACGUUAUAGAAUAGCCGGAAGAUAAAAAAUGGCCAUUAUCAUCAUUGGUUUUACCUCGCUCUCCCACGAGAAUUGAAUAACCUGAAUCAGUUCGUCCCGCAAUUUUGAUCCUUCACCUUUUGCUCCAUUUCUAUUUUCAUCGCUACACUCGCCAGGUAUUAUGCUGUUCAAUUCAGUGAAUGGACAGGAGAAGGCAAAUAAGAGUUUCGAUGAGUACCAAUAAGGGAGAGCAAUCUCUAGUGCUGGGGUAGUGCUGGAUCUUGGUGAAAUCCGCAUCCCUCGGGGCUAUUUUUCCUCGUUGAUUUGCACCGGUCUCUCGCCUCAAUUCUCUUUUCCUCCGGGAUCUUCUGUUGUCCUUUUACGUUAUUCUUUUAUUUGUCUAUCAUUUAGAUUUUGUGUAUCGUGACUAUUUUCGGAACAAUAAUAUCACAGCAAUUGGAAAGUCCCAGGAUGUGUAUUGGAGGAUGAAAGCAAUUGAAUCCAGUGGAUGAAUUUGAUGUACGGAUAAAGGAGAGAACAUUCAAUCCGUUUGUGAUUUUUUUCAGUAGUGUAAUCUAUUUCUUCUGUGACCUGUGAAGUUUCUGAUUGAAUACAAAAGAAAAUUAUGUCGUCGAGUGUUAAAGUGGAUAAUGUGACAGGUGACUUAAUUGGUUGAAUACUGGACAGCUUAAUUCUCAAGUGAUCAUUAAUAACCUCAUUGCAGGAGUUACCACAGUGUAAGAAGUGUCAAACAAAUUACCUCAGUCACGUGUUCUGAAACAGUGGAUAAUAUUUUAUGAAAAUAUUUUGCUUUGAAUAUCGUUUGGGCCUACCCAAUGAAUGAUGAAUAGUUCUAUUGCGUGUGUUCAGUGACGUUACGAGUGAUUACCGUCGCAUUAGCUCCACCAAAAAUAAGUCUGAAAUCAAUUCACCAACGAGUGGUCAGUGCGCGAACCUGAACGAGUAUUAUGUGAAGUGAGUGUAAAAGAUCUGGAAAAAAACAGCGAUAUCGAAGAUGCGUGUCAUUGAUACUUCGUCCCGGAUGCUCGGCAUUUUCGCUCUGGUCAUCAUCAUCACUGGUUCCCUGAGUUACGGUGCUCAGCACAGUAGUAGUGGAAAGAAUUCGGAGCCUUCUCAACAAAAUGCUGUCGAUGACCUCAAUUCGAGAACAGGACCGUACUUCGACCUAGCAGCAUCAAAAAACGUCACAGCCCUGCUGGGAAAAACGACGUAUCUCAAUUGUCGUGUAAAAAACCUGGGCAACAAGACCUCGGUGGCGUUACAAGUGUCAUGGGUGAGGCACAGAGACAUUCAUCUGCUGACGAUCGGACGUUACACGUACACCAGUGACCAGCGAUUUCGUGCCAUUCACAACGUUCAUUCCGACGAUUGGACGCUACAAAUAAAGUUUCCCCAGCUGCGGGACAGCGGUAUAUACGAGUGCCAAGUCUCAACUACACCGCACAUGAGUCAUUUUGUUCAUCUCAAUGUUGUCGAACCAACAACAGAAAUUUUGGGGGGGCCCGACCUGUACAUUGAUCACGGCAGCACCAUCAACCUCACAUGCAUCGUACUCAAUAGCCCAGAGCCACCAGCCUAUAUAUUUUGGAAUCACAAUGAUGCGAUCAUAAGCUACGAUUCUGGAAGAGGUGGUGUUUCUGUUGUCACGGAAAAGGGAGAGACGACGACUAGUUUUUUACUUGUCCAGUAUGCAACGCCGUCUGACUCUGGACAAUACACAUGCAAUCCAAGCAAUGCUCAACCAAAAUCCAUCACUGUGCACGUUCUCAAUGGAGAGUAUCCAGCAGCAAUGCAGCACGGUGGUCAAGCUAAGCAGCCCCGAUUAUACUCUCUGCUGCUCUGUCUCUGUCUACUUCUGUACUAAAGAGUGUACACAGCUAUUAACAAUUAACAAACUAGAUACUCCUCAUGGUCUGUGGGCCAGAGCGAAGUACCAAGGGACUAAAACCCUUACGGUAAUUAACCACUGUAUAAACAUAUAUAAAUCGUACACCUUUAGCUAUUUAGAGAGGAAUAUGAGUCAAGGCAAAAUCACACUCUCGUGAUGAAGUUUCAAAGGCAUCCGCUACUCGGGGUAAUUUGAGGAUUAUGAAAACCAUCAAGAAUAAAAUUUUUAUCAUGCAAUAACGCUCCCACAAUUACACAGAGCUAUCAUAUUAUCAUUCGUUGAUGAGUUUUACGUUGGAUCAUCUUCUCCCAUUAAUACCUUCAUUAUAUGCGAGAGCAAUUUUUAACAACGGAUUAUGAGAGAACCUGUUAAAAUUAGAAGAUACAAGCAUCAUGCAUCCGUAAUUACAGGUAUUUUUAUUUCUCUAUUUUACUGAGUUUUUGCUUGGAAAUUGUAUAAAACGUCCGGAAAGCGUUAAUAUGGAAGAUACUCUCACGUUAUUUUCAAAGAACGAUAUCAUUCAAUAUAAUGAUAAUGAACUCAAUCGUAAACACCUGUUUUUUUCAAUAAAACAUAUUGAAAUAUUCCUUAAAACUUCCUCUUUUUUGAUUAUCCCCGUAAAAAACAUGAAUCAAAUCACGUGAUAUUUUUUAAAAAUAUUAAUAAAAAAAAGUGAAUGGAGCUGGCCUAAUUAAUGAAAAUUAGCCUCAUACAAAUAUAGUUGUGAAAAAUAACAUAUAUUGUUGUUGGAAUCGGAACACUUCCGAUUGCUGAAUCUAUGAAAACCUUCAAGCACGAUUCCACUCGAUUGGCCCUCAAUUCAUUUCUCUUCACCCUUCUAUAAAAAAAAGGAAAUUGGAACUAUACGAUACAUCCGGUGCGAAGUACUUGAUGAUUCUAGGAUGCAUUAUGCCCUCUUGAGUGUUAAUGAGAACGAUAAAAUCGGCGAAUUUCUUAAUGAAAAAUAAAGAUAUUGGAGUAAGAGGACUCGUUGAAAUGAGAAAAAAUAGAUUGAAUGGAUGGAAAAGAGACGAAAUGGCUUGCCGUCGUUUCCGCCUCAAGAAUUCCGGGUUGACUGAGUUUGAAAAAGCCCCUCGAGAUGGCAAGAAGUAGACUGAUUGCUCUACAAAGCGGCUCGUUCUCUUGGCCAUCCCAUUGUUCACCUGGACAAUUUUCCCGCUCAUUCCGACAGAAUAAGAUGAUGAUUCAAACUGAAGGCGCGUCAGUAAAGCAAAAUCACGUCGAGUGUUCUUUAAUUCCAAUUAUUUUCUCACAAGUUAGGGGAAUCAUUGUUGCAAUGAGAGCAGAAGCGGAUGAAUCUGUCCGAUUUUCCUCCGGACAAUCGGAGGAAAAUCGGAAUUCGCUCAAUUUGAUUUUUUUUUAAGCAUAAAACAAUUCAUUAUUUUUUUUUUUGGUCAGUUGUCUGAUAACAAUUUAUAAUAUUUGAAGCAUGUCGUAAAAAAUAACCGAGUAUAUAAAAUCACAUCUUCCGCGUUCUAUUUUUACGUGUAUUUUAUAGACUUGUUUACAUGUGAAAUCCAUUCAUACAUGAUGAUUCGAUAGAAGCGCAAUAUUUUUUUUUCCGGUUUAGUGGUUUUAAAAAAAUAUUUAAGAUUUACUUUAUCUUGAGAACAAUAUAUUUACUUUCAAUUUUUUAAUUUUUGUUGAUUUAAUUAUGAGUGAUUUAACAAUUAGAUAGCUGAUUAUUCUUAUUGAAAAUAGUAUUCUUCAUUGGAAGGAAUUCUUUUCUCUGUGCGAAGACUGGAUCAAUGAAGGUAGAAAAAUAGAGGGUUUUAUCACUGUACUGGAGAGUAUGAAUGAUAUGAGAAUAUUGUGGCCAAUACAAAGUGUAAAUAGUGAAUGAAGAAAAUAUAUUACUUUAGAAUUAA